GAGUAUCCUUCUCCGAUCUUUUUCUUCGCGCACAUUAUGCCACCGAAGAGGCAGGCUGAGGAGCAGUCGAAGCUCACCCGAAUUGCAGUAGUGAACGCCGAUCGGUGUAAGCCACGCAAAUGCAACCUUGAGUGCCACAAAUGCUGUCCAGUUGUGCUGCAAGGCAAGUUGUGCAUCGAGGUGAACCACCAGAGCACCAUUUCGAAGAUUUCGGAAGAACUCUGCAUCGGCUGCGCGUUGUGUGUGAAGAAAUGUCCUUACGACGCUAUUCGCAUCAUCAAUCUGCCGUCUAACUUAGAGAAAGAUACAAUCCACCGCUACGGCCCGAACAGCUUCAAGCUCCAUCGCCUUCCUCUUCCUCGCCCUGGCCAGGUGCUUGGUCUGAUAGGUGCCAACGGCACGGGCAAGUCGACUGCGCUCUCUAUCCUGAAGGGACGCAUCAAGUCUAACCUUGGACGCUACAAGGAUGAACCCGGGUGGGAUGAGAUUCUCAAGUACUUCCGUGGUUCGGAACACCAAGCGUACUUCCAGCAUUUGCUUGACGACAAGAUGCGCGUUCUCCUGAAACCACAGUACGUUGAUAAGGUGCCGAAGACGAACAACGGCGAGGUGGACGCACUCCUGACCAAGGCAGAUGAACGCCAAAUGAAAGAACAUUUUAUGGAGGUGUUGGAUUUGAAGAAUGUCGCGCACCGCACACUGGACAAGCUGUCUGGCGGUGAGCUGCAGCGCUUCACAAUCGGCGCUCUCUGCGUACAGAAUGCGCAGGUGUACAUGUUUGACGAACCUUCUAGUUACUUGGAUGUGCGCCAGCGUCUGACGGCUGCCCAGGUUAUUCGCUCCAUGCUGACCGAGACGAACUACGUCAUCGUUGUCGAGCAUGACCUCUCUGUUGUGGAUUACAUGUCUGACUUUGUGUGUGUGCUUUACGGCGUCCCCGGUAUCUACGGCGUUGUGACCAUGCCCUACGGUGUGCGUGAAGGUAUCAACAUCUUUCUAGACGGUUUCGUGCCGACGGAGAACUUGCGUUUCCGCGACGAGAGCCUCACCUUCCACAUCGCGGACGAGAUCGAGGAGGGCGUCAGCAAACGCCGCUCCACGAACGAGUAUCCGGCAAUGACGAAGAACCUCGGCUCGUUCAGCCUCUCCGUCGACGCGGGUACUUUUUCUGAUUCCGAAAUCGUCGUCCUGCUCGGCGAGAACGGUUGUGGCAAGACAACUUUCAUUCGCAUGCUUGCCGGCCACGUCAAGCCCGACAACGGCGCUGAGGUGCCGCAGCUGUCGAUCAGCUACAAGCCGCAAAAGAUUGCCCCCAAAUUCCAAGGCACCGUGCGCGAUCUCCUCCAGACGAAGAUCUACGACAUGUACAGUCACCCGCAGUUCCAGAGCGAUGUGCUGAAGCCCCUCACGAUCGAGGAGCUUCUAGACCAGGAAGUGCAGAACCUGUCUGGUGGUCAGUUGCAGCGUGUGGGUAUCUGUAUUGCGCUCGGUACACCGGCCAACAUCUACCUGAUCGACGAGCCAAGUGCCUACCUGGACUCCGACCAGCGUAUCAUUGCGUCUCGCGUCAUCAAGCGCUUCAUUCUUCACAGCAAACGUACCGCCUUCAUCGUCGAGCACGAUUUCAUCAUGGCCACCUACCUGGCCGACAAGGUCAUCGUGUACGAGGGCACACCGGCGGUGAACUGCACAGCCAAGACGCCGUGCGGCCUGCUGGAGGGCAUGAACAAAUUCCUGAAGAGCCUCAACAUCACUUUCCGCCGCGAUCCCACCAACUUCCGUCCCCGCAUCAACAAGCUGGACUCCGUGAAGGACCGCGAGCAGAAAGCAGUCGGCAACUAUUUCUACAUGACAGAGGAGGCCGAGGACCCGAAGAAGAAGAAGCCGGUGGCGAAGAAGGCGGGUGACAAGGACGACAGCGACGACGAACCAGGGGAGAAGGCGAACCACAACCACAAGAAGAAGCCGCAGGAGCACGGCAAUGACUCCGAGAACUCUGACGAGGACGAGGACGAGCGCAAGAAGGGUAAGGGCAAGAAAAACCACAAAAAGUAA